AAAAAAAAAAAAGAACUUUUAACAAAAUUAAAAAUAAAAAACAGAGCGAGUAGUAGAGCGGUAGUCUCCAGAUCAGACGUCCUUCGUUAACGCUGUCAGCCUGUCACGCUGAUUUAUUUCAAGUGAAAGAUCACAACAUUUUUAAUAUUUCUAAUUUUCCAUCAACUUUUUCACUUUUUUUUUUUUUUCUUUUCAUUUCCUUUUUCGAAACAAAACAUUUACGCUGUCCGUCUGUCUCUUUCUCCGGAGCCUGUAACUGGUACCAAUUUCCUGUUUCUCUCUCCUGCUUCUCUUUGUGCUUCUGUUAUAGCUAGCGAGUGGAAAUGAGGUUAGGGUUCUUAUUAUUAGGUUAAUAAUUAGGAUUAGUUUAUGUGCCGGUUGAUCCGAUAGAGCAGAUUAGUUAAUUGAUUACUUAGGGUUUUGGGUUUUGACAUGUCGGGAGCUUCGAAUGGUCGCGUCACAAUUACUCUUGGGCGCUCUGGUCAGGUGGUAAAGAGAUCUGCAACUGUAUCAGAUGUUGAAUAUGCUGAUCGUCUCUCAAGUGCUGGAAGUGCUGGAAAUAAGCGGUCUGUAAGAGAUAGAUUAGGAAGUAAUUUGGACGGUUUCUUGUCUAAUGGAAGCGAAGCUAACAACAAACGGCAAAGAGGCGACAGUUAUUUGACCAGCUUGACUGCUAAUGGUAUGCAAGAUGUUCGCAUUGGUAAGGAUGAUCUUCGAUUCAAACUCAUGCAAAAAAGUGUAUCUAGAAGACCUACUAGCAACUAUGAUGAGAAAACCAUGGACCUCCGAGAAAAGUUAUCUAGGACAGUGCAGCCUCCAGGCCCUCCUCUCAGUUCUCUUGAUACACGGCAGCGCAUGCCUGAUCCAAAGGGCUCUGGUAUCUUGGGUCGAAUUCCUUCCACGAGAAGUGUAGAUAAUCUGCCACAGGUUGAUUUGUCGCGAAAUCCUUAUAAUCCUUGGACUUUGGAUCAUAUAAGAAGGAGAUCUCCAGAUAGAAUUAUGGGUAGUUCUAGGGGUCUAUCCCCUCCUAGAAAUGUUGAAGAAUUACAAAGAAGGUCAUUUGAUGAUGCAAGAACAGUUUCAUACAUGAACAAGGAUGUUCUCGAUGCUCCAAGGCCUGUUAGUAGUUCUGCAGCUUUCAUGACUAAAUCUGUGUUGCCUGCAGUAUCUUCUAAACCUGCAGCACCUAUUAUGGCUCAACUAGCUCCACCAAGUGGCAUGGUACAAAAGAGCACAUAUGUGGCUGAAGAACAACAGACUGUUGAAGGCUUGUUACAUUCAUUAGGAUUGGGGAAAUAUGCCAUUCUUUUCAAGGCUGAAGAGGUGGAUAUGACUGCAUUGAAGCAGAUGGGGGAAACUGAUCUCAAAGAGCUGGGAAUACCUAUGUGUCUAUAUUGCAGGGACCAAGAAAAAAGAUUCUUCUUGCACUCUUGCCUCGUAACAGAAGACAACCUUAGAGAACUUACUUUCAAAGCCGAGCUAUGCUUUGGGGUGGCUCAUCUACUAUCUUUUCCAUGAAGCACCACCCUGCAAAAUUUGUUCUCUGAAGGCUCCAGUGAACCAGUAGUCAAUUUUUUACGUCUAACAGACAACUCUGUUGGUUAAUAUUUUGAUAGAAUCCGGGGAAAAUUUUUGAGAUGUAGUGUAUUACUAAUAUUGUUAGAUUACUUUUCAUGUAUCGGUUUUUGUUUUACCCUGUAUGUUAUGUGUACUUGAACCAUAUCCCUAGAAUUUGUUCAUGGUGAGAUGAAACUGAAUGUAAAAAAUUAACUUGGAUAUGAAUGCUAUGCCAAUUUUAGGAGCGGUGAACUGGAUUUCUGUUU